AUGAGCGUCGCACGUCCGGCGCGCAGCCUCCUCGGCCGCUGCCUCUCCUCCACCCGAACGACUCCCGCCGUCCCCUGCCAACAGCUCCAUACUUCAGCGCCCCGUUCGAGUCGAAAGUCCCGCUUCCGCAAUGUCAAGGCCGAGGAGCUUGGCCUGCUGAGGCCCGAGAAGAUGGACAAGUACCAGAAGGCCAAGUUCCCCGAGUUCACGGCAGAGGAAAAGGAAACCCUCAAGGCCAAGUACUCCCCGGAGCAGCUUGAGGCGUUGGAGGCGGGAGAGAAGGCCGUCGACACCAAGGACAUGAUCAUCCAGGGUCGGUUACGAGACGACCCGUACAAACCCGAUUACAUCGAGGACUACACCGUCCUGGACCCCCGCUACGAUCUCAAGCCCAAGCUGGAGAGCACCCCGAGAGAAGUCCAGUGGCCAGACCAGAGCGAGUGGAUCGACAACUACGGACAGAAGAUGAUGAAGAUUACCGACAAGAAGACGAGCGACCAACUGACGCGGGCCAUGGUCCGCGCCAUGCGUAAGGUCAAGGAGAGCACCGGCCAGGAGUUGAUAGACCUGACCGAGGACGAGCUCAAGGAUAUCGAGGCCGACCCAGAGCUGAUCAAGCGCUACAUCAUCCAGGAGGAGGUCGCUGAGCCGGAAGCCACCGCUACUGGACCCGAAUUCAUGACCCGUGCGCAGGCCAUGGAGAUGGACGAGGCCAUCGAUGCGGAGUGGAAGAAGGAGCUCAACAAGAUCACCGAGUUCUCCCACCAAGGCGAGGUGGAGCCCACCAGCCUGGAGCUCCUCGAGGACGGCCCGGCCGGCAUUGACCGCCUCCACUCGGCCGAGGCCGCCGACCUGGGCAAGGUGCCCGGCGUCAAGGGCCUGUACAAGCACGCGGCUGACCCAGAGGAUAUGGGCCAGGACGAUGCGGGCAAGUUCCAGGAGAUCAAGCGCUUGACGGGCAUGAGCCUCAAGGACAUCCGCUCGCUCCUGACCAAGGGCCUCGUGACCCGAUGGGUCGCCAACCAGACUCGUCUGGGCAAGGUCCGCAGCACCUCAGUUGUGGCCAUCGCCGGCAACGGCAACGGCCGCCUCGGCCUCGGUAUGGCAAAGUCUACGGAGCCUGGUGUCGCCGAGGAGACGGCCCAGAUGCUUGCCAUCCGCAACAUGAAGCCGAUCCGCCGCUACGAGAACCGCACCAUCUACGGUGACAUCUCCGCCAAGGUUUCUGGCACCGUCGUCGAGCUGAUGGCUCGUCCUCCUGGCUUCGGACUGCGCUGCCCGCACCGUAUCUUUGAGAUGUGCCGCGCGGCAGGUAUCCACGAUAUUGCCGCGCGGAUCCCGCGGUCCAAGAACCCCAUGAACUCUGUCAAGGCGGCGUACCAGGCUCUGACGAACCAGCCUGACCCGGAGCAGAUCGCCAUCGGCCGGGGGAAGAAGCUGGUGGACGUGCGGAAGGUGUACUAUGGCGGAGCUGUAUAUUAA